AUGAACUGCAACGAGCUCCAAGAAAGCACCGCUGGGGAGCGAUAUAUGAUCAAGCGGCCCAAGGCGCUGCAAUGGUUUCAUAAUGGGCGACUCGUGAAAGAAAACGAUGAGGAGCGACAAGCAGGUCGUUUUGAACUGUUCCUCGAUUUACUGUACGUUGCCAUUGUCGCCAACUUCAGCGACGACCUCGCCGAAAAUCCAGAUGGACAGCACCUCGCCAAAUACAUUCUCAUCUUUGCGCCUGCAUGGCAUAUAUGGGUCGAUCUUCGCGAGAUCAUGAACUCGUACUACACCGAUGACCUCCUCCAGCGACUCAUCAUCUUAUGGGUCAUGGCGCUCUUGGUUCUGUACGCGAACAAUGCCCGCCUCGUUGACGAAGAUCUGUCGGCGAUGCAAACGACUGCUGGCGCCUACGUCGUUGCCCGAUUCACCACCAUGUGCGCGUUUCUUGUAUGUUCUUUCGCCAGCUAUCAGCAUCGCGCGCAGGCUCGCAUUUUGGCCUUCUUCAUGUUCAUUGGUCUGUUCAUUACCAUUCCGCUCUUCUUUGAAGACGUCAGCAUUGAGGCCAAAAUCGCCGUCGUCGCUGUCGUCAUCUUCUAUCAGGAGCUUACCUGGUCCCUCACUCUAAGCCCGUGGAUCAAGCGCAAGCUAAAGCUUACAUACAGCACGGCGGUUGACAUUGCUCACGAAAUCGACCGCAUGGCUGCAUUCUUCAUCAUUAUCCUCGGCGAGUUUGUAUACAGCGUCAUUGUUGGAGAUCCAGCUGGGGUGGGCUUGACACAGGGCUAUGCCAAAGCUGCUUUUACCCUCAUCAUUGCCUUUUGUCUCAAUUGGAUAUACGUCAGCGGUGAUGGAAGCUUGGAGGCAACACAUCCAAUUCGGCGAUCUGCUUGGACGGCGUUUGGCUUCUUUCUGCUUCAUUUGCCGUUGUCCGCGUCGUUCCUCAUUGGCGGUCACAUUGCAGCCAUCAGUACACGGCUGGAUGAGUUUGAAGACGGGCAGCGAUGGCUAUUAGGAGGAGGUCUAGGUGUUGGCAUGUUCUGUCUCUGGAUCUACGGCAUGUUGUAUCGUACGCACGACGAAGAUUGUCUGAUUAUGUCAAAGACACCUCGGAUCGGUAUGCGUUUGGUCGUUGCCAUUGUUCUGCUUGCAUUGCCCGCAACGAAUAAUGGCUUGUCUACGACGGAUUUCAUGGCAAUAGUCAUGUCGCUGUUUGCGUUUUUGGUCAUUUGGGAGACCGUUGGAGGGCUGCUCAAAGGCGCUCAAGUUUUCGAACCCUGGUCUGAUCGGAAUCCGCCUAUAAGAGACGGCGAGGACAGCGAGGAGAAUAUCCAUACAAGACUUAUUCACUCUUAUGUUCCAUCUCUUGGUAUUUCUCCAAAACAGGCAAACAGAGUCAUGUCUUCUAUUUCUCGCAUCCGAGGCGGUCUAGUAAAUGCCCAACGGGAGGCGUCCAGGCAUGCUAAUGCGGCCAGCCUGCCCAAUACUAUUCACCGGCCUGAUGAAGAGGCUCGCGACAUUCAUCCUCGCUCCGAAACUUCAAUAACUUGCCCCGAAGAUGCUUAUGUCGAAGCAGAAAAUAAUGUAGAGAGAUAUAAUAGUAUCACUGACGACGACAUCAUCGGCGAAUGCUCGAGCCUUUCCGCUGCGACUCCAGAUCAUCCUGAAACAUCAGCGAAUACGACAACGAACUUUGAAGCUACUUCUUCAAAAAUUGGAGAUAUGAACGGGGCGCAAAAUUCUUCGGCUCAGAGCCCUGCUGAUGGAGCUCAGUCCACAGCUCAACGACUUGGCAAAGCAGCCCUAGAGAAUCCCAUGCUUGCUGCAGCUACUGUGGUCACCGGAGCAGGAGUUGCUGUCAUUGCUGCUCCCGCUCUUAUCACGGCUCCAAUCAUGGGAAUAGCUGGAAUGGUGGGAUUUACGCCGGCAGGAAUAGCUGGAGCUUCUAUUGCAUCGGCCCUGCAAGCAAGCAUUGGCAAUGUUGCUGCCGGCAGUCUUUUCGCCACGUUUCAAAGCGCUGCAGCUGGGGGAUACGGCGUCGCAGCUUUGACUGGCACGGCUCAGGCUGUUGGAGGUGCCGUUGCCGGCGCUGGAAGCAUUGGCACAGCUUGGACUUGGUUGAGAGGCAAGCCGAAAGCAGAUUCACCAAACGGAGAACCAUCAAAAGCAGAGCAGUCGGAAGCAGGUCCAUCAAAGCAGUAGGACGUACCUCAGAACAGGUUUGGGGGAUUUCAAGAAGCAGCUUUCACAGUCAGUCGCUCUCUUAAUGUUAGGUGAACAUAUAUAAUUAUAUCUCAAACCAAACCGGCAUUUAAACUUUACAUCAGGGCAGAUGGGAAUGUAGCAGCACACAUUAUUAUGUACAGGUAUGAAGUAGCAGGAAUCUGAACAGCUUCACAGUGGAACAGGAAAAUAUACGUUUGUUAAUC